AUGGGAGACAAUUAUAAGAAGUCCAGUCGAGAAAGAGAAAACAGACAUCUUGCAAGAAGUGCCCAAAUAGGCAAAUACAUCAAGGACAUAUUGGCAAAUAAAAGGAGGCUGACCGAGUUCGAAACUGUGGCACUCACCGAGGAAUGUAGCUCAAGAAUUCAAAGUAAGCUACCUCAGAAAUUGAAGGAUCCAGGUAGUUUCACUAUCCAAAUCUCGAUUGGUAAGCAUGCAGUCGGGCAAACUUUAUGUGAUGUUGGAGCGAGCAUCAAUUUGAUGUCGCUAUCUGUGUUCAGACAGUUGGGGUUGGGUGAGCCACGCCCAACAACGGUAAUCUUACAGUUGGCUGAUCGUUCCCUUGCUCAUCCUGAAGGAGUGAUUGAAGAUGUGUUAGUUCAAGUGGGUUCUUUCAUAUUCCCUGCUGAUUUUAUUAUCUUGGACUAUGAGCCUGAUCAGGAAGUCCCAUUUAUAUUGGGACAUCUUAGCCACGGGCUGAGCUAUUAUUGA